AUGGAUUUAAAAUGGCUCGUGAAUAAUGGUAGAUUUAGGGAGCGUAAGUCUCCUUUCACCAAAAAUCAAAAACUUAUUCAUCCUAAGGAGUUAUUUACGGAAUUUAUGAACUCAAUUGAUGAACAGCAAGACGCUGCGAACAAGGAGUGA